UCGUCGAUACUUGGCUAAGCGAUACAUUUUGAUAUGUAGUCGAUAAAUACGUAAUGCAUUGGGUCGUUUGAGUCGUUAGCGUCGUUAGAGUGGUAAGAGCAGUUGUGGUCUGUGUGUUCUUUAAUGCGUUCUUAUGGUUCUAAUGCUUGUAAAUUUGUGCUGAGGAAUUUUGUAGCAUAUGACAAGACGGUAAACAUUUUAGUACUUAUUUAAAGUAAACUUUGUGUUAGAAUGUAGUGGCGCAGGUCGUGCUAUUUUAGCAGACUAUAAAGACGAGGCUAUAUUGCAACAGUACGAUUUUCUGGAUUGUGACACCGUGCAGUUUGGAGAGAGCUCGUUAGUUCUGCAGAAGAAGGCGGUAUGUUUCUUCGAAACGUUGGGAUGUCUCUAGACUACACGGCGUUGGAAUCUAAAAGACCAUACUCUUCACAGUCACCGCCUUGAGAACCAAAAAUUCAGUCUUUGAAUAAUAAUGGAAGAAAUAUUGAAAGAUAGUCGCUUCUCCCAUGUAGCCCGGGAUCCACGUUUUAAAAGAAUUUCAAGACAUGAGAAAAAAAUAAAAAUUGACAAACGUUUUCAGUCCAUGUUCAGUGAUGAAAGAUUUAAACUUAAUUAUACAGUUGAUAAAAGAGGUCGUCCAAUAGCUCAUACAUCAAAUGAAGAUCUGAAGAGGUACUAUGCCCUCUCAUCCGAUGAAGACAGAGAUUCAGAAUAUGAAAGCACCAGUGGUAACAGUAGUGAUACCUCUACUGAAAUAAAUAAAGAUUUCAAAUAUACUGAGACUAAAUCCAAACCCGAUGAACCUGGAGGAAGUGGUUCAGCUGCUGAUAGCGUAGAUAAAAUUAAGAUCAGUGAUAAGAAAGAUGAAAUAAGGAUUGAAAAACACAAUAUCAAUUUUGAAGGACUGAAUAACAACUUAAUAGGGGAGAAAAAGGGUCAACAGAAAUGGAAAUGUGGUUUAGAGUUGAACCCUAAUAAUGAAGUUUCUAGCAAUGUAGAUGAUAUAAAUGAAGAAAAGGAAAUUCUAGCGGAUAGUGUAAAGAAAAAACUGAGAGAUCUAACGGUUGAUUAUGCUCGUGGUGAAGGAGUACUUUUCUCUGACAGUUCAUCAGAUGAGGAAAGCUCAGAAUCAGGCUCUGAAGUUGAAGAGUUAGACCAUGGCUGGGGAGAGCUGGACCAUGAUGCUGAACGAACAAAUGAAGUGACAAAUCGAUUAGCAGUAUGCCACAUGGAUUGGGACAGAAUCAGGGCUAGUGACCUCAUGGUUCUCUUUUCCUCUUUCCUGCCCCAAGGAGGACUUAUUCAUUCUAUAACAAUCUAUCCAUCAGAGUUUGGGCUGAAAAGAAUGAAGGAGGAAGAAAUUAGAGGACCACUAGAACUAGUGGGUGAUGGUAGCUCAGUGCAAGAUGGAAAAGUGGAAGAGGAUGAAGAG